GGCAGGCAACCUUACAGACUACACAUAAUGGGGGUUAGGUUUCGAGUCUGGUCAAUUGACCGCCAGACCUGACGAGCACUGCCUCAAAUAUAGAUCGAAACCGCAAGAACACCUUUGUCUCUUGUACAGCGUCGAAGAAAACACUCAUUUACCACCGAAAACUGCGCCUGCAUUACCCCCAGUUGCGCUUAAGGCUACACCAAAUCGUCAGACUUUUCAGUCUGGGGUCGAGUCCCUAGCAAUCAAUCCUUGACCAACUUCAGUAACCUCCAAGACAUUAAAGGCACUCGUAUCUCCUCAGCAAGCAAUCGCCCUCGCUCUCAACAUGUCACCAGCGAAAACGAGGAAUAGAGCCCGUCUGGAAGGCAACGGCUCAGCCGUUCAACUCACCAAUAAGCCCGACAUCGAUGUCUCAUCCAGCUCUGAUGACAACGACGAAGGAAUUCCUAAUAAACCAACUCCAAAGAAAACCAUCAAUACAUUAGGGCGCCCAAGUCUGAGGCGAGCUGCCGGCUCAGGCCAGUCGAAGCGGCCUAACGAAGACCGCAGCACCCCUCAUCUUCUUGAUUCUAAGAGGCGGAGAGCUGACGAUGGCCGGACUGCAUUCAAUAUACCAACGUCUCGGUUCAUCGCUUCAGAUAAAUCUGGCUAUCCCAGUCCUGCUUCAGCCCACCUCGUACCUUCCAUCGAGGGUAUCGAGGCACGAACGAGAAUAUCAGCCAGUGCCGAAGAUGAUGUUCCGCCCGAGCUACUGAACAGAGUGAACGCUUCUAUUCUGCGCCGCCGCGAUGUUCCAGAGUCGCCUAGUCGACAACUGCUCCGCGACCAACAUGCCGAUGUGGAGCAUCAGGGGCAAGGAAUAUCGGAUUUUGAAAUUGACGCAGAUGUCAAGGCAGAUCCUAUACAGGAGCUGGAGCUUGGGGAUGAAUAUUCAAGCAUUGCACCAGCCCAACCUCAGAUGGCGGCGCUUGAAGAUACAGAAAAUGCCCUUGAGAGAAGCGAUGGUUCUGCAGCUGGAAACGACAGCAGUACUAGCAAGCCUCAGCUUGACCAUGAGCUAUCGAGCGUGCUGGAACGAUCAAUUGACAGUAUGAACGGGUUGGGGGGACAAAUCGGAGCCCUUGGCUCGCAGGCCUCAUCCGCCCAAGACAGAUGGGAGGCUCCAGAACAACCGCAAAGAGACCCUCUGCCAACGUUGGUCAAAACAUCCGCUUUAUUGAGGCGAUCUAGACUUGGGCAGGAAUCAAAUAGCGCAACCGCCGACCAGGAGUACUACAAUGAAACGGAACAGGACCGAGAGAUGCAACCACCUGAGUGGAGAGAAGACCAUGCGAUUGCAGUUCAGACUAUUGAGGCAGAAGACGAGAAUCAAAUCGUUAUCUCCAUAGUGGAAGUUGACGAGCAGCCAGACAUUGUUAAUGAAGAUCAUGCUGGACCACAGGAUGCUAGUAAUCCACCUAACGAAGCAUACGUUGACUCUGAUGUUACUUUUGACGUCACCGACACCGACGAUGACAAUGAUAGCGCUACCAGGCGAUCUGGGGAUGGGGCAAACGCUGCCGGCGUGCGAGCAAUAUUUGCGUUGGACGUGCAAAAUUUAAGAGCCAGACCCAUUAAGUAUGAUGAAGACUCUGUAUUCUUUGACGCGCCACCCGCUUCAGAAUCAACAAUCAUCCCCUUGUCGUCUACAGAGUUCAAGGCAGUACACAAGUUCAUGAAACGGCGGGGAUGGACUGGCUAUCAGCGCAACUGGGAAGCCGAGAUUCUACGGCGGGAUCCGUCCACAACGGGUGGCAAAGUGCUCCUGCGGUACCUAUUAAAGUUUGAGAGACUUGUCAGGAUGACACCGAAGGCUCUUCGGAUCGCAGAACAGAACCGAUUUCUGAAUGAGCAUAGUGACCUCUUAAGGUUCUAUUUCUACCAGAUCGAUGCCAACAUUGAUCGAAUCCGAAGUCGGCUGCCUUCUUUCACGACUGAAUCAGAAAUAGCCGAGGCCAAACUAAAGAAACGCAAAGCGAUGGCUCGGGAUCUCAUCAAGGUCAUUAUCCCCAUGCUGGUCCGUGUUCUUGGAAGGGCAUGGAACUUAGGUGACGCCGCCGAGGUUGGUUCCUCAUUCAGCAGUUCUACAAUUCAGCUCCUUGCGAGGGUAGUUGGCUGGCUACAGAAGCUGUACAAAUCUUGCGCUUGUGAAUCCGAGAAGUGGCAACUUGAAAAGAAACCAGAGACCCAGUACGCUUUGGUUCAAUGGCAGAAAGAUAUCAGAUCCAGGGAGCAACUCGGUCCUCUUUUGAACGAGCUACACGCUGUGCUAUCGCAGGCGCCUGAUGAUCUGCUCAGGGAGGAGCAACGUAUUCAAGACAAGGAAGAACGCCAUCUUCGGAGCUUGGCGCGACAGGAACAGUUAAAGAUCAAUUGGAAGCGUCAAGAAGAAGCAAGGCAGAGGGGCAUUGAGGAGCAAAAUCAGAAUGUCGCCAGAUCAAUCCGUGGCCGUCCUCCGCUUCCUCGGAGAACUCCGGCGCCGUCUAGCCAAACUUCGUCUCCAAUGCCCCAAUACCAACCCGUCGGGUGGAGGAAAGAAGAAGAAGAUUUUCUUUGGAAGAUGAUGCGAGACACGCUCCUAGACAUGAAACUGCCACAUUUAGCGAGGAUUGCAAUGAUGAUAAGUCACACAGAAGGGGAGACGAUCGAAAAGGCCCAGGAGAUCCUCGAAACUGUAGCCAGACACGGCUGCGGAGAAAGCACAACUGAUUCAGCUAUCCAAUCGUUUGUCCAGCAGUUGAUGAGCCAAUGGAAAAAAUGAGGAUCCGAGGAAGGACUAACUGGCAUCGUAUAGGUAUUUGUUCUAUUUCAUCGUUUGCAGAGAUACCCCAAAGGCGUUACCAGGAAAUGCCCAUCACAUCACAUGGAGCUAGAGCUCGUUAGGAGUUAAUGUAUGCAACGGCUUGCUUCCACUUCGCGCUAUAGCCAGCAGAAUGCAUUAGGGUAUGCAUUUGGAGCGAACCAACGAUGACAUGCCACAUGAUAGAGAUUA